AUGAACGGGCCCACCCUGCAGCCUUCCUCUGCGUCGUCCUCCUCGGCGUCCUCAGCCUCCCUGCCCACAGCGGCGUCCCCGUCCCCGCGGGGCUGGAGCGAGUUCUGCGAGCUGCACGCGGUGGCUGCAGCCCAGGAGCUGGCCCGCCACCCCUGCGCCUUCCAACCCUUUCGCCGCAGCCUCCGCCACAUCUUCCGCCGCCGCUCAGCUGGGGAGCUGCCCGCGGCCCCCGCCCCCGGUGCCCCUGCGGAGGCGGGCGACGCCCCAGCAAGGCCCGGCCUGGCCAGGAAGCUCCUGCCCUGGAGCCUGGCCCGGGAGCCGCCACCUGAGGCCCUCAAGGAGGCGGCGCUGCGGUACAGCCUGGCCGACGAGGCUUCCAUGGACAGCGGGGCGCGCUGGCAGCGCGGGAGGCUAGCGCUACGCCGAGGCACAGGCCCCGAUGUCGGCUCCGAGCGCGUGCUGGAGCUCUUCGACCCGCCCAAGAGCUCAAAGCCUAAGCUACAAGCAGCCUGCUCCAGCAUCCAGGAGGUCCGGCGAUGCACACGUCUGGAGAUGCCUGACAACCUCUACACCUUCGUGCUGAAGGUAAAGGACCGGACAGACAUCAUCUUUGAGGUUGGAGAUGAGCAGCAGCUGAACUCAUGGAUGGCUGAGCUCCGGGAGUGCACAGGCCGAGGGCUGGAGAGCACAGAUGCAGAGAUGCACAUUCCUUCAGCCUUGGAGCCCAGCACGUCCAGCUCCCCAAGGGGCAGUACCGAUUCCCUGAACCAAGGGGCUUCUCCUGGGGGGUUGCUGGACCCUGCCUGCCAGAAAACGGAUCACUUCCUGUCCUGCUACCCCUGGUUCCAUGGCCCCAUCUCCAGAGUCAAGGCAGCUCAGCUGGUUCAGCUGCAGGGCCCUGAUGCUCACGGCGUGUUUCUGGUGCGGCAGAGUGAGACGCGGCGUGGGGAGUAUGUGCUCACAUUUAACUUCCAGGGCAUAGCCAAGCACCUGCGCCUGUCGCUGACAGAGCGGGGCCAGUGCCGAGUGCAGCACCUCCACUUUCCCUCUGUCGUGGACAUGCUCCACCACUUCCAGCGCUCGCCUAUACCGCUCGAAUGCGGCGCUGCCUGUGAUGUUCGGCUCUCCAGCUAUGUGGUCGUCAUCUCCCAGCCACCAGGUUCCUGCAACACUGUCUUGUUCCCUUUCUCCCUCCCUUGCUGGGAUUCAGAGCUGAACCUUCCUCAUCUUAGCUCUUCUGGCUGUCCCCGGGGGCUCAGCCCAGAGAGUCUCCCAGGCCGAUCUUCACCCCCAGAGCAGAUCUUCCAUCUGGUGCCUUCACCCGAGGAACUGGCCAACAGCUUACGGCACCUGGAGCCUGAGCCUGUGAAUCGAGCCCGGGACUCGGACUAUGAAAUGGACUCAUCAUCCCGGAGCCACCUGCGGGCCAUAGACAAUCAGUACACACCUCUCUGACUGGCAGUGAAGACAAGCCUCAACAGAUGCCCCAAGGAGCACAGAGAUGUGAACUCAUGAAUGUAAUGAUCUUUCUUUCCUUCCUUCCAGAGAGAGAUUUAAGGGACACUGUUACCUGCUCGUUCCAGUUUGGAUGUGACCCUUCUGUUAGGCCUGUUAAAGGGCCUCCUGUAAGUUCCAUCCAUCACCUAGCUUUCUCUUUAUUGUUUACAGAUGUAGUUCUUGUUCACAGAUGCCAAUAGCUCUUGCCCUGGGUCGCUAAGACAGGUCCCCGUCACUUUGAGGAGGAGGUGGGGUGAGGGCCAGAGCUGGCAGUGGAAACUUGUUCUCUUUUUCACUGACAUUGUCACAACUGAUGACAGAUUUUCUACUGGGGGGGGGGGCAAGGGAGGUCCACCAUCAGGAAGCCCAAAACACUAAUAAGCCCUGGAUUCUCAUAUGGUUUUCCCAUUGUAGCUUCAGUCCACCUGGCAGGCCCACCGUAUCUAUGCCACAGAUAAUCACACCUAAUCCUGCUUCUACUCUCAGCUUUAGGACAAAAGCUCUGUCAGAGAGACGAGCUAAAGGUCAAAAAUGAUUUUAAACAUUUUACCUCAGAUUAAUUUUUCAAAGGAUUCAGGUUUCAAAACUAACCCAUUGCUUAUUUCAUUGCACUGUUUCAACAAAUACCCAUGGGAUUUUGUAGUCAGAGACAGCUAUGCAAACCCUACUUGACUAGUUCACGGCCUAAGCCAGCAUGCCUGGCUUCCUUCCUUGUCUUUUGCACCCUCAGGACAGUCACCAGCUGCUGAGUAGCCACCGUCCUUCCUAAAUGUAGAGAAGUGAAGCAUGUCACCCUUUCAGGGAAAUUCAGGCAAUUACUGAGAUAAGAGGGUGGCAAGGAACAGUUCUACCCUGGUGCCUUAUGAAUAAAAAACUGGAUUCUGGUUUAGAGCAGCUUUAUAGCAGGAGUUAAAUUAACAGGUUGGGGGAGAGACAAGCAAAAAGAGAAGGGAUCCUGGGCCUCUUCUAGUAAACCCUUCACCAACAGGGCUAGCUCCGAGCCCCCCAAGCAUCCAAAGGCUUAUUAAAUUAGCCCACAAGUGGGUUUUAGGCUCCUUUUUGAGCCAAAAUGGAAGCUAGGAAUCUGGUGCCAUAGCUAAUGAGAAAGUCUUUUAAUAGCCCACAAUCAGUGUUCUGUUCUGGCUGGUUACUGCUUCAUUUGAUGAAGAAUGUGUGUCCAUGCACACACGGGCACACACAAUGUCUACCAUCCAGGGCGGUCCUGAAGUCAAAUCUCCAUCUAUACUUGUCUUUCACAAGUGAGACAAUUCACUGGGGGGGCUGGCUCCUCCCAGAAACUUGGUGUGGAGGCUCAGAAACAAGGGGGGCAGUGACAGAGGAGUCAGCUGCUCCUGGGUGCCAGCAGAGCCAUUCAGUACAGCUAUUAGGCUCACCACAGUGGCUUCUAGGAAACUAGGAGUUUAGCAUAAUUUAACAUUUACAGAUACACCAAUUGGAAGCUAAAAUGAAACCACGACCUACAAUAUUGCCUGCUUACCUGGGGGGAGGGUUUGGUCUGCUCCAUUUAGUUAUUAUUCUCUGUACUCCCAAGAGGUUAGACUUCCAUUUCUAGAAUUUUCUGGCUUUUUUUGGGGGGAGGAACCACCUCUAUACCACUUUUAAAACCAGCACACCUGAGUUUUUUCAUGGCAAAGCAGAUCCAACACUGAUCCCGAUGUGUGGUCCGUUUUUAAGGACACCUGUCUAUUUUCUGAGUAAAGCAGGUUCCUCUAGAAAAUGAAUGCUAAGAUGUGUGAAACAAAGAAGUAAACAAUAUUCUUGUUCUGUUUUGUUUUCUUUUGGAAGCUGGCUGGUACAGGGAUCCGAACCCUUGACCUUGGUGUUACAACACCGCACACUAACCGGCCAUCCCUCUGGGUUUCUUUUUUAAAAGAGGAAGCUCAUCAUAGAAAGUCAAGGCUGAUGAAUCACUGGUCCAGAUUUUUCUCCCCUCUAUACAGGAGAAGGGCCGGGUAGAUAGUAAAUUCCCUCUCUCCAGCCAGUGGCACUCAUCUCUUAGCAGCCUCUCAACAUACAUCUCAGGUAGUGCAAAGAGGCACACCAGGUACAGCAAACUCAGCAGCUCUCACCUACUGGCUACAAAGAACAAGCUAAGAUUCUGUGACAGAACUGGAAGUCACCUACCUCCAGACUGCUUCCUUUCAAAACACAUCCAAGUUACCAGGACAACUCACAUACAUCCUGACAAAAAUCCCCGUCAUGGCCCUGGGAAGAAGGGACACUAAGCCAGUGCUUUUUCUUUCUGCUAGAACAGGUCCAGUCGGAGGAAGUGGAGCAGUUGGUGCCUGGGCUUGAGGCCCUCACAGGUGUGGACAGCAAUGUGGGGCAGGCACCCUGCUGCUAGCCCACCACGGGCAUAGUACAUUCAACCACCCUCCUUCCCGUCCUGAUGUGACCAGCACUGGCCACGUGAGCCCAAGCCAGCAACUUCCACUGAGAGCCAAGGCUCUGAGCACCAAACUAGACAGUAAGCGCCAGGAUCCCUCCAGUGAGCUCUGAUUGCAGAUCACAAGUAUAGCUUGUCAGCUCCCAGCACCAUCACUUCUUUCAUCUAACUUCAUUGAACUUUUACAAACAGUCACCAGCACCAAAGAAUUAAGUCAACUAACCUGCCUUGAAUUUUAGACCAGCAGUCCAUAUGGCUUUAUCUGGUAUAAAUCUUCUGCCUUUGAUCAUUUCUGGACCAUGUAGGAAAAAAGAAUAGCAAUCAUUAAAAUCUUGGGCCAGAAAACACUAUUUUUUACAUAAGUUUCUUAAAUGAUUUUUUUCAAAGGCCUUGCACUUUUCCGAGGGUUGCCUGAGAUUCCUUCAUGCUUUUUCUUCAGGGCUAAGUCUUUUAUUGCAAAUGCCACGUUAGCUCUAACAUCUCCCACAGACCAGAGGAGCUUGAUAGUAUAUUUUAUCCACUGCCUCUUAACAAGGACACAUCUGACAUCCAGUGUUUGGUUGGAAUAAGCAGCACAUAUGAUAACACAAGUAGAUUCAUCUUGUAUCAUUAUAGGCAGAAGUUAUUUGGCAAAUUUUUAUGUAUUGUUUAUGUACUGUACAAGUAACUUAUUCUUGAAUAAUACAAGUUUUGCUAUAAUGUACAAAUUGCUAUAUGUGAAUUAAAGAGUUUUCAGAAUCUUGA